CCAGGCUACCACUAGAAGCAGCAACAGAGCGGAGAAACGGACAUACAUAUUAAGCGAGAAGACGAGAAAGGCAGAACAUUAUUACUGUGCAAGCACAAGUGGAUAUUGAAUUCUAUUGACUCUAGCCAACAUUCAUUGUGAUAUAUUUCAACCGAAAUGUACAUAGAGGUAUACAUUUCACAUUGAGCUUAAAUAUUAAAGUUGACAAGAAAAACUUGGAUUUAAAAUCUGCAUAUGAGUAAUAUAAACGACUAUUCUUCGAUGCACUAUAAGCUGAGUUCAGGAUUUAACUACUUAAAUCAACUUUAAUACUUUUCUAAACUUCACUAGGAGAACAAAAUAGCUGUACAGGGAUGCAAAUAUUGGCGAAAUUCGGAUUAACAAUGCUGUAAAACAAAAAGAUAGAUAAUACUGAAGUUGAUAUAUGUUCGGAGCUUGACCAGGAGAUAUAUACGACAACAGUCUGACACAAGUCGACAUAAAGGGACAUGCGGUCACAAUAGCCAACAUAACACAUACGGUGUAAUAAUCAAGACCAGUUGCAACACAGCUUAGAAGCAACAAAGAGAUCGCAAUGGAGCACCGUACUGCAAGGACAUUAAAGCGGACAGUACGAUGGAUGAUCGCAUUGGGGAUUAUGUUAAUGGCACGGACAGUUGCCGCACAAUGUCCAGCCGCGUGCUUUUGCAAUACAGGCAGUAAAAUCGUAUAUUGUUCAAGAAAAAUGCUCAUCGCAAUCCCAGACGGAUUACCCGAGGACACAGUACAAUUGAAUCUCAAUGACAAUGUAUUCGCAGUGACCACUCUCAGGCGGACCAACUUUACUGGUCUACUGCAACUAGAACAUUUGUAUCUAUCCGGUGUCGGUAUAGAGGUUAUUGCAGAUAACACAUUCUCAGAUCUGACCAAACUAAAAUGGUUAGAUUUAAGUAUGAACAGAAUCAGGGUGAUUGAAGAUUAUACUUUCAGAGGACUAAAUCUCCAGCAUCUCUUUCUGAAUGGUAACCACGGGUUGAGACUACAUGCUAACACUUUCGCCGGUCUCUCGACUUCAGGGUUGUAUCUCCACGAUUGUAAGUUAACAUCUAUUGCCCCCGAGGUGCUUGUCCCACUGAACAAUACAUUGAAGAAACUCUGGAUAGAUGAGAACAGAAUCCGGACCUUUGAUAUCAGUCUCCUAUCGAUGUUCAAUCGUUUGUCGCAUAUUAGACUCGGAGCGAAUAUGUUGCACUGUAACUGCAGACUGAAAUGGCUCAAGGAUUUCUACGAUUAUCACUCCACAGCGUUUGAGGGAGCCAUGCCCCCAACAUGCCAUUCCCCUGCCCGCUUGAAUGGCAAAUAUUUCAACACGAUCUCUGAGAAGGAUUUCAUUUGUCAGCAGCCUGUCUUCAACAAUGUGAAUGUUGCAUUCAAGAGCAACAAUGAGGGAGCGUUGAAGUGUAGUGCUAGGUCUGACCCUGCCCCUGUUUUGUACUGGGUGAAGCCCGGGGGCGAGAAGACACUCCACUACCCCACAGCCGAUCACGACUAUGUAAACACAGCAGUAUUAAAGCUAUCAACAAAUGAGUCGAAGAAGAACCUAAGUGGAGAUUACAUUUGUAUUGCUAGCAGUGAUGGAGGUAAUGUCUCACUUGUGUUCAAUCUAACAAUGCCCAAGCCCGAGAUCAAAUAUAUACCGCUAGAUGGCUCUGAGACUCAGCAGCAUCAGCUGCCAGAUGGUGACACAACCGAUGAUGAGGAUAGAGACAUUUCUCCAGCACAAGGUGCAGAUGAUAUAAACAUGAAGAAAAUGAACGAUAAACAAUUCACCAUGCUAGAAAUGAUAUUAGCAGUGAUAGGUACUUUUCUAGUGACACUAAUUCUGGUGAGCUUAGUAAUGCAUUUUUGCUACAAGAAAUAUAUAGAAAGACGAUGUAGCAGUAGAAAGCGUAGAAAAACUGAGGAAAAUCAUUACGUAGACGUCAGCCAUCUUGAUGACGUAGAUUACGUCUCAUCUAAUGGCUCCAAUCAGGGUAGGCCGGUGCGUCAUACCAUAGUGACAUCAUACCCACCACAUACUCUAGACACUAUAAAUCAUAGGUACCAUGAGUAUGACCCCAGCUUCAGGCAUGAGCCACCCUAUAGACCUAGCUCAAUAUAUAAUAGAAGUCAAGAGUAUGGAGAACCAAAUGGAAAUCAUACUAUGAGGAGUCAGGGACAUAGUCAUCAUGAAUAUGCUCCUACUUUACCCCUGGUGCCCCCUCCCUCAGAACCCCCUCCGCCAUUACCCCCUUCUUUACCCCCUAAUAAUCCACCACCCAUGAGCCACAAUCAGCAGUCUCCUAUGAGCCACAAUCAACAGCCGCCUAUGAUCAGGUGAUAGUGGCUGUGUCAUCUCAUAUGUAUAAAGUAUUUCAAGCUUGCAUAAGUAAAACAACAUCCACUCGUGCGUUGCAAAAAUGUUGAGACAUAUUCGGUUAUAUUUGGAUUGCAACUGCCAGCGGUUGUUCAAUGCUUAGCAUGGGUUCAAACAGAGUAUUUUGGCAGUAUGUAUAAAAUAAUUCAAUGAUUUGUAUAUAAACUGUAAAUAUUUAGCAUAAUAUUAUAUAUUCUGCCCAUUUUCAUUUUUCAACAUAUAUCUCAAAUGUGCUAUAAUAUCAUUGUCAUUUUGACUGUUUCGUUUUAACUUAUCGGGCCCGUAGCCAGGAUUUGCCAAGGGGGUUCACUUU